GGGGCGGAAUGAAUUUUUUGAAUUUAACACAAACAGAGACAAGAGCUUGUUAUCACCCCUCACUUUUGCAUAUAAACCCAUAAGCUCGGAUAAAAUGAAGUUACUCACUAUUAAUUUCCUAACAUGUGCUGUCAAGACCUGCAAGGGAUCUCCUUCAGCAUUUCCCCUGCAUUUUCGCGAUGUCGAACUCGAACUUCAGGACAUUGACUUCCAGCCAGAUUUCAUACGCAAUAUUAUUCCUCGAGUUGACUGGGAGGCCCUGCAUAAAAUGGCAAAUGAACUCAAUUUCCCCAAUAUUCCGGAAACCAAACCAGAGGGCGAAGCGCUUGAAAGUGAACAGCUUCUAAGGGAUCUUCACCGGUUACUACUGGAGACACAGGUUGCAGAGGGAAAGCUUACGUGCGGAAACUGUGGUCAUGAAUAUGUCAUCAAAGAGGGAAUUGCAAAUUUUCUCCUUCCCAGCCACCUAGUAUGAUGUACUGCACCAGCUCCCCGAAGUUUUGCAGGCGACAUCCUGACAUAGUCGGAACUCGACAAGAUAAUUGAGCUGCGAGUUUUCCAUGGCUGAAUCGUUUAGCCCUCCUACUCAGCGCUUGGGGUCUAUCCGAAUCCUUGAUUAUCUAUUAUGUGGGAUAUGAGCGUGGAGAUCUCCUAUAAUACACAGUUGUUGCAAGUUGGACAGUAACCCCUGUCAUACAUAUAAUCCCCGAAUCAGCAAACGGGGGAGCGGAUUGCGGCCAACGAAUGCAAACGCCAGCCCCAAAUCAACAUGUACUCGCUGAACAACCCCGGGUCCGUUUGGCUGUGAAAAAAGCCCAAUAAGGCUUAAAAAUGUCAUUGUAGGAAACCAGCAAUAAAUGUUUGAAAGAUAGUUGGUUUCAUGCUUGGCGUUUCUUAGGACAUACAAAAUUUCAAUUUAGAAAUCCUUUACAUCCAGCCGAACCGCAAAGACAAGGGAUU